GCCGCCCCUCGUAGCGCGUAGUUGGGCUCGAAAGCUAAGGCGGGAGUUCGGGCGGGAGUGCUCCUGCUGGUCCUCCCGGCGGAAUGACCCAGUCGGUGGUCGUACAGGUCGGACAGUGCGGGAACCAGAUCGGCUGCUGCUUCUGGGACCUGGCGCUGAGGGAGCACGCUGCGGUCAACCAGAAAGGAAUUUAUGACGACGCUAUAAGCAGCUUCUUCAGGAAUGUGGAUACCAGAGCUGUUGGGGAUGGUGGCAGUAUUUCCAAAGGAAGAAUAUCUUCUCUAAAAGCACGGGCUGUUUUGAUUGACAUGGAAGAAGGCGUAGUGAAUGAAAUUCUCCAAGGCCCACUGAGAGACGUGUUUGAUAGCACACAGCUCAUCACUGAUAUCUCUGGCUCGGGAAAUAAUUGGGCUGUGGGUCACAAAGUUUUUGGACGUCUUUACCGGGAACAGAUUUUAGAGAAACUCCGGAAGUCGGCAGAGCAGUGCGAUUGCUUACAGUGCUUCUUCAUCAUCCACUCCAUGGGAGGAGGAACAGGCUCUGGGCUUGGCACAUUUCUGUUAAAGGUGCUUGAAGAUGAAUUCCCAGAAGUGUACCGGUUUGUGACAGCAGUUUAUCCUUCCAGUGAAGACGAUGUCAUCACCUCGCCUUAUAACAGUAUGCUGGCCAUGAAGGAACUGAAUGAGCAUGCAGACUGUGUGCUGCCCAUUGACAACCAAUCUUUAUUUGACAUCAUUAGCAAAAUUGAUCUUGUGGUAAAUUCUGGAAAGUUGGGCUCAGCUGUGAAGCCUAAGAGUCUCAUUACGUCGAACAUGGGGGCUGUUAAAAAGCACCACAAGAAGCCCUUCGACGCCAUGAACAACAUUGUGGCGAACCUGCUCCUCAGCCUGACAAGCUCUGCGAGGUUUGAGGGCUCCCUCAAUAUGGACCUGAAUGAGAUCAGCAUGAACUUGGUUCCUUUCCCAAAGCUUCAUUAUCUCGUGUCAAGCCUGACACCUCUGUACACGCUGGCCGAUGUUAACAUUCCCCCCCGAAGACUGGAUCAGAUGUUUUCAGACGCCUUUAGUAAGGAUCACCAGCUCAUCCAAGCAGACCCCAGACAUAGCCUCUACCUUGCCUGUGCCCUCAUCGUUAGAGGAAACGUACAGAUUUCCGAUCUCCGCAGAAAUAUUGAAAGAUUAAAACCUGCUCUGCAGUUUGUCUCCUGGAAUCAAGAAGGCUGGAAGACGAGCCUGUGUUCUGUACCACCUGUGGGCCACUCGCAUUCUCUGUUAGCUUUAGCAAAUAACACGUGUGUGAAGCCUACCUUUAUGGAGCUGAGAGAAAGGUUCACGCGGCUCUACAAGAAAAAGGCUCACCUCCAUCACUACCUGCAAGUUGAUGGGAUGGAGGAAAGCACUUUUACGGAAGCUGUGUCCUCGCUGUCAGCGCUCAUACAGGAGUACAGUGACCUCGAUGCCACAAAGAGCAUGCCUGUGCCAGAUGUGCCCAGGUUGAGUGUGGCCUUGUGAGGGAAGAAGCUGAGAAAGCAAUUGUUCUGUCUGUCCCCUUUCUGUUUCAGCAUUUUUUCUGAUUCAGAAAGCCCAUGUUUUUCACGUAUCAGGAAGUAUUUUAUCUAAAAUGGUGGUUUCUAUUUUAUUACAAUUUUUUAUAGCAGUACAUGGUAUCACUUUAGGCAGUUUGCCAAAAUUGAGAUGAGAGAGAACCCAACAUGGUGUUACACAAGUGUAAUCCCAGUGUGGCUGACAUGCAGGAGGGCCUGCAUUCAGGGCCAGCCUGGGCUACCCAUGCAACAAAAGCCGACGCAGAGGGAAGGAGCAGUCGUCUUCUUGCUUUAUUUGUGUCUUUUGCAGACAUCUUCACAGUGAUGAAUGCCUCAGGAAAGAUGUACAUAUCUCUUGUAUAUUUAUACUUUAUGCUGUCCUGCUCUAUUUAAAUGCUAGGGACGUAGGUCCAUGGAAUAGAGGAACAUAAUAUAUAUAAUAUCUGGACUUUUCAGGGUAGUUUUUGUUCUUUGAGUAAUAACAUGUUUAUGGUCCAAAGAAUCACAACUUGGCAUCCAGUCCCUUUUAUAAUAAACAGUUUAAAAGCAAA